GCAGAGCACGAAGACGACGACGAAGCAUCGAAGAUUCUGGACAUGGCUCACAGCAUCAGUCUUAUUCAGACUCAUCCUCAUCUACUUCCCCCAAAAUCUCAACCUCUCUUCCCGCCCCGAAGUCUCCACUCCUCUCACCAGCCUCCGCCGCCUCGCCGAAGGAUACUGGUUGAAGCAAUCUUCCAUGUCUCCCUAUGCAGGAUCGAUGUACCACGGAUCUCCUUUGCUGCUCUCACUUCUUGGCCCUCUCACAGUCCAACGAAUUGACGGGCUGCCCAGUCAUCUUUUAUGCGGUUUGGUUUUUGUGGCUGCAGAUGUAUUGAAUUCAUUGCUUAUUCGUGCUACUGGUCAGACUCUUCAGAUUGCAUAUAGGCAGAGUUUGAAAUCACUGGAUCUUGAUAUGAUAUCAGAAACCAUGGAGACCCUCCCUUCGGGAGAUAUUGCUGCUCUAAUCUACUUGUGGAACCCUUUCACAAUAGCUGCAUGUGUGGGGUUGUCAACAUCUCCAAUCGAAAAUCUGGCCAUCAUGUUGGCCCUCUAUGGAGCAUGUAAACGACUGGUUCCCUUGGCUGCUUUUGGAUGGGUCAUGGCAACACACCUGUCUCUUUAUCCUAUAAUUCUUGUUAUUCCGAUUAUUCUCUUAUUAGGUAAUGGUCCAGAUACUCCUAGACAAUUGUUCUUACUAAGAAGGCAUGGGAAAGUUGAAGAACACUCCUCAAGUGAUAGUUGUGAAAAGGAGAAAGUUAGUGAUCAAUCAAAACUACUCAAUCUAUUUUGUUGGAGACCUGUCAUGCUUUUCUUGUUGUGGACUGUAAUGUGGGCAGUCUAUGUGUUACUUCUAUGUGGCGUAUCUGUUAAACAGUAUGGAGGUCUUCGGGAGAUGUUUACAAGUAUGUACGGUUUCAUUCUCACUGUACCAGAUUUGUCUCCAAACAUAGGUGUCUUAUGGUACUUCUUUGCCGAGGUCUUCGAUUUUUUCAGAAACUUUUUCCUGAUUGUUUUCCAGAUGAAUAUUCUCUUUAUGAUAUUCCCAUUGGCCAUACGGCUGCACCACCGCCCCUGCUUUCUUGCUUUUGUCUACAUUACAAUCUCGUCAAUGCUCAAGUCCUAUCCAUCUGUUGGGGAUUCUGCUCUGUACUUGGGUUUGUUGGGCUGGUUUGUUUUUGAACUGUCAGAAAUGAAAUUCUCGUUCUUCCUCUUCUGUGUUUAUGUCGGGGUUUCCCUCCUUAGCCCUGUGAUGCACAACCUAUGGAUAUGGAGGGGAACAGGAAAUGCAAAUUUCUACUUUGCGACUGCAAUGGCUUAUGCCUGUUUGCAGAUUGUUUUGGUGGUUGAGAGUGUAAGUGCAAUGCUCAAUCACGACAGGAAGUUGAGAAAUCUAUCAAGUGCAAAGCUUCAAGAUGGAAAAUCAUAAUCAGUUUCUAUAAAUACAGAGUUUCACUCUGAUCAUUUAACUAAUCAGUACAUUCCUAGCAGCACAAGACUAGCAGCUGCAGCACAUCAGCACUUACUUUAACUGCCGUCAGGCUAUGGUGAUGAUGGAUCGGAAGGUCUUUACCUCUUUUGGAACACAAUUCAACCAGCAUCGGUAGGGGUUUUUGUAUCCUGUUUUCCCUUUUGGUUGAAAGGUGGGUGGUUUUAGUUAACGUAGAGGAAUUGUAUGGACGGGAUAAAUUUUUUCAUGUCAAAAUGCUAUUCAAUUUUUUCAUGUCGAUGCACAUACCACAUAUGAGUCCCAUUAUAA